UCUAGAUUCACAUUAAAAAACAAUUUUCUUUAGACAAAAAUGAUGACGACUUCCAGAGAUUUCACGGGAAAAGUAGUGCUCAUCACCGGCUCGAGCGGUGGUAUCGGUGCUGUCACUGCCGUAGAGUUCGCUCGACUCGGGGCUCAAGUGGUGGUCACCGGUCGCAGGAAGGAUAGGGUGUCCGCUGUGGCCAAACAAUGCGCUGAGGCGUCGCCUACCGGUGCUAAAGCCCUGGAAGUGGUGGCCGAUGUCACCAACGAUGAUGACUGUCGCCGAUUAGUCUCCGAAACAAUUAAGACGUUCAAAAAGUUGGACAUUUUAGUCAACAGCGCGGGUCGGGGUGUAGUGUCGAGCAUAUGGGACGGGUAUUUCUUCGAUACGUAUGAGCUAUCUCUGAACACAAACCUCCGGUCAGUCGUACGGUUGACUCACUUAUGUGUCGAGCAUUUGGAGAAAACUAAGGGUAAUAUCGUUAACAUGUCGAGUGUUGCGGCUUUUAAACCGCGGGGACUGUAUUCAAUGACUAUGGGAGCGAUGGAUAUAUUCACAAAGUGCGUAGCACUGGAGCUUGCACCCAAAGGUAUCCGGGCAAACAUUGUGAAUACCGGUGCCGUGAAGACCGAGUGGUUAGAGACCUUCCUAAACGUGACGAAAGCAGAAUCGGACGAAAUUCAUGCGGCAAUUGCCAAGAAGUACCCGUUGGGACGGGUGGGUCAGCCCAUGGAUGUGACUAAAGCCGUGUUGUAUUUGACGUCAGAUGACGCGUCGUUUGUGACCGGAUCCAACCUCCUGGUCGAUGGCGGCGCCCUAUAUGGGCACUCCCCCACCCCUACAUAGUUAUCAGAUUAUGACCACGUUUUCGUAUUUUAUU